AUGCUGAAGUUCCUUGAUAAUGGUGGAGAUGGGCAUGGUCUGCUUAAGGAGAUACGAACAAUGAUCCACGCGAAGAAACUGUGGGCGGAUAGAGAUGCGCACUCGCGACCGGCUGCUUCAAUUGAUUUACAGCUGCAGCAUCGGCCACUUGGUCGUGCAGUGUGGCUUGAAAAGGAAGUGCAGGAGUUUAUCUAUAAAGAGGGUCAGAAUCCAUUCUCCGAGCGAACCCCGCUAGACAUUUCAUAA